AUGGAAUGGAAUACUCUCAUCGCCGUGAGAAACGAUGAGCAGGCUGAUUUCAGAAAAGCCUGGAAAGACUUCCAUGCCCUGCUGCUGAGUGAGGCUGCCAGCCCUGGCCCAAAUUCCCUGCUGGACAAGAAAGCCCGAAUGAGCCCCAGAGGCCCCGGGCCCAGCUGCAGGAACCGCCCCUCAGGCUGUGGGACCCAGAAAUCGGGACCAGCCCAGGAAGGGGGUCCCAAGGAGCCAGUGAGGGUCCCCCCGAGGAGCCAGAGAGGAAUCCCCCCGAGGAGCCAGCAAGGGUCCCCCGGAGAAGGCAGAGAGGAUCCCCCCGAGGAGCCAGAGAGGAAUCCCCCCGAGGAGCCAGUGAGGAUCCCCCUGAGGAGCCGGCGAGGAUCCCCCCGAGGAGCCGGAGAGGGUCCCCCUGAGGAGCCAGAGAGGGUCCCCCUGAGGAGCCAGAGAGGGUCCCCCCGAGGAGCCGGCGAGGAUCCCCCCGAGGAGCCGGAGCGGGUCCCCCUGAGGAGCCAGCGAGGAUCCCCCCGAGGAGCCAGAGAGGAAUCCCCCCGAGGAGCCAGCGAGGGUCCCCCGAGAAGGCAGAGAGGAUCCCCCCGAGGAGCCAGAGAGGAAUCCCCCCGAAGAGCCAGCGAGGAUCCCUCCAAGGAGCCGGCGAGGAUCCCCCCGAGGAUCCAGAGAGGAAUCCCCCUGAGGAGCCAGCGAGGGUCCCCCGGAGAAGGCAGAGAGGAUCCUCCCGAGGAGCCAGAGAGGAAUCCCCCCGAGGAGCCAGCGAGGGUCCCCCGAGAAGGCAGAGAGGAUCCCCCCGAGGAGCCAGAGAGGAAUCCCCCCGAGGAGCCGGCGAGGAUCCCCCCGAGGAGCCAGAGAGGAAUCCCCCCGAGGAGCCGGCGAGGGUCCCCUGGAGAAGGCAGAGAGGAUCCCCCCGAGGAGCCAGAGAGGAAUCCCCCUGAGGAGCCAGAGAGGAUCCCCCCCAGGAACCGGCGAGGGUCCCCUGGAGAAGGCAGAGAGGAUCCCCCUGAGGAGCCAGCGAGCAUCCCCCCGAGGAGCCAGAGAGGAUCUCCCCGAGGAGCCGGAGAGGGUCCCCCCCAGGAACUGGCGAGGGUUCCCCCCAAGGAGCCAAACCGGAACCAGUUUUCCAGUGUAAUGGGAGAAAGGGGGGACUCGAGCAGCCUUCAGGAGAGAGCAGCUGGGCCGCCCCAGGCCCGUGAAGUGGAAGAGGGGGACGUUUUCGCCAGCGUCCCCAGGGGAAGCCCGCCCGGCCCCCGGCAGGACGACACUGGGAAGGCCCAGGGCGGAAGGGAGACAUUUUCAGAAACCCCGGAGGAUCCAUUUUCUGGAAACUGCCAAGAGAAAGAGACGCCGCCCGACCUGAACCAGUAA